AUGCUGCCGGCCCAUGAGCGACGUACAGGUCGGAUCGGUAGCAUUCAUGAAUUCCAGCAACGUGCUGCGCGCUACAACGGCGACAACAGCAAUGGAGUCAGCGGCAACGACAGGGCGACUCCCAUGUCGGCGCUGCUGAGGGACGAGAACGAGGCCGGUGUCCCGGAUACGCACGUUGACGUCGCUGCUGCGCAGCGUGACAGUGACGGGUCCGACUCGAUCGAGUCGUUCCGAAAAUACGGUCGAAGGCGGUCGGCUUCGGGCGCGUCUCUUUUCGGCGGCGAGCGAAGUCGCGCUCUGGACAAAGCUUCGUACUACCGUCGACAGCUGAAAGCGGUUUGCUUCUUGGUCCUCUUGGGUGUCAUUGGAGGACCCAUGAACUACGGCAUUCGACUACUGUACGCGCACCUCCUCGAUCUGCGGGAACAUCUCGUCGACCAGACCGCUGUCUAUGCGUGGAAGCUCGUCAUUUGGAUCGCCCACACUGUGCUUUUUUCCGGGCUGGGACUGUUCUUCACCCAACUGGCGCCAGCUGCGGCCGGGUCCGGCGUCUCGCAGAUGAAAUCGAUCCUUACGGGAAUCAACCCGCAAAUGUAUCUCCCGGGAUACUUUGACUUUCCCACCUUUGUAGCCAAAGUUGUCGGCUUGGUGUGUUCUGUUGGUGCCGGUCUUGUCGUGGGCACGGAAGGCGCUUAUGUGCACAUCAUGUCGAUCGUCACCCACCACUUGCUGAAAACACCGAUGUUCAAGGGACUCAGCACGAACCUGAACGGCCGACUUCAGCUGCUCGCUGCGGCAUGUGCAGUCGGUGUGUCGUCGCUAUUUUCGUCGCCUAUCGGUGGUGUGCUUUUCUCCCUGGAAGUAACGUCGACGUACUACCUCACGUCCAACUACAUCAAGGCCUUCAUCAGCGCUGUAUCAGGAGCACUGAUGUUACGCUUGACGCUGGUACUGGCCAACAGCGAAGCCAAUCUUGCGACGGAGGCAGUGCUGAGGACGCAGUUUCCACCCAGUCCGUUCGGUAUGUGGGAAAUCCCUCUCUACAUCCUCUUGGGUGCCUUGCUCGGACUGAUUGGCACCGCAAUGAUGUGGUUCUUGCGCAAAGUCGCUGAGUACAGGAGUGCAUUUCGAAAGGCUUCGCAAACGUGGAAACGAGUCGUUGUCACGUGGAUCGACCCGCUCAUCGUGUCCAUACUGACAGCUGUGCUCACUUUCGUGCCUGGUGAAUAUGCCCGCCAUAGCUCCAUGAACGAUCUUGCCAUUUUAUUCACAGAAGGCGAGCUACCAUCGGAGUGGCACGUAGUGUCCAAAUACUACGCGCUUUCGACUCUGUCUGCUGCCUUCAUUUUUCUGCUGCCGCUGUGCAUCACAUUGAAAAUCCCUACUGGAAUCUGGGUGCCAACGUUCAUCGCCGGCGCGGGACUAGGCCGCAUGUUUGGAGAACUGGUCGCAGUCUUGUUUCCGAGCUUGAACGCUAUUCCUGGCACGUAUGCGCUGGCCGGGGCAGCCGCAUUCGGGUCUGCUGCGACCCGGGCAGUUUCUGUUGCAGUCAUCACGCUGGAGAUUACAGCGGCUAUGCCAAUGACGCUUCCGCUCUUUUGUGCAUCGCUCGCGGCAAUAGCAGUGUCGAGCCUGUUCAAAGAGAAGUCCGUUUACGACACCAUGCUAGUCGUAAGCGGUAUGCCGUUCCUGCCUUUCAUGGACUUUGAGCCGACUACGACUGCAGCUGACGUUGUGGAGCCGUGCUUGGUUUACAUACAUAAGCGAACGACGAUCGCUCGGAUCCUGCUUGCACUCCAGCGCUUGCCGCACCACGAGAUCCCGGUCGUCGAGGACGAAUCGUCGAUGAUUUUGCUAGGCGUUGUGAGUGGCUCGCAGUUGCGGAGGUUUGUGCGGCAUCACUACGCGAGAAACGAUCUUGGCGGCGUUGAUGAAGAUCUUGGUGAGAAGCCCCAGAAGAAUCCAUCGUUAAGGUCGUGGGUGACUCUGAAGGAACGGUUCACGCAUCAAUCUUUGACCGACAACACCGGCGGCUUCAACGGGACCGGUUCCGUCGACAUCACGUACAACGCUCUGUCGACGCAGAUUUCCCACCCGAUCGGCAAUGGGGCUCCACUUCCAUUCUUGAUGGACGACUCAAAGAUGCUGGGGCUCUUGAACGGUGCUUGGGGCGCCGCUAAAGCCGAAAGACUCAAUCGCCCGGUAAAGAUCACCGAGGGGCGGAUCUGUGUCAUCCGUCCGAUGGCGAUGACCAUCUCCAGCAACACACCUCUCGACGAUCUUCACAUGAUCUUCACAAUGCUGCGGUGCGACCACUGCUUUGUGUGCGACUACGGAGCUCUGGAAGGCGUUGUCACUACUAAAGGACUUUUACGCUCCGGGAAGUUCGCCGACUCUGCGUAG